AUGCAAGGUGAAGAACCCAAAGUUGAUGCCAAGAUACAAGUUUCAUUUGGCAGUGCUAGACAAUACCGGCAAUGCAAAAUUUCUACGAUGCAAGACUCGGAUGAUCUUCCUUUGGAACUCAAAGUUUUAGUAGGUAAAACCUAUCUCUUCAAGGUUGGCAAUGAGAAAAAAAAAAUUCUCUACAAGAAUGACACAUACAAAAUGCUAAAAAUCGUCACCAACAUUGACAUGAUUACCGAGUUUGAGGAGUUGAGUCAACCAAAGGGAGGAGUGAAUACUUUGGCUUUGAAAAAUCUGGUAAUUUCAGAUGCACCAGAGGGUUCAUUAAUGUUGCCUGGAGGGUCGCUCCAGGAAGCUGAAGCUAACACACUCACUCCUGCUAAACGUCGAGGAACAACCGUUUUUAACUUGGAUGAACAAUAUGAUGAGAAUUCGAGAACAAAAAAUUCAUGUUCAAUUCGGAUCAAAAAGGAGAAGACAGACAAAAAUGUCUGA